UUUUACUCUCCCCUCAUGUCUUACGGCGCUUCUCUGCCCAUAUUGCACAAACAUAACUGCGAGGUAGUGCAGAGACACCUAACACGCACAAAUGCGACUGUCGUGCAGUACGAGAAGGGUUCAUGGACAGGGCUGCUUUUUGCAGCAGGCGCGUGGCAAACCCGUCUAGUGCAGAUGUCUUUGUAUUUGGGAACCUCCGCUCCCUACUCGGUGUAUGAUAUCGACGUUGUUCACUGGAUUUCUGCUGGCUGUCGCCCUAACGCCUCAUCCGUGAAUUGGGACAACAACUUCUACCAAUUCGACCGGUGGCCCCCACAAAACGACAUCCAGCUUCCUCGCGUCUUCACGGUGUUCUCUGCAACACAACCUCCCUACGAUUGGCACCCAGAAGACGUUAUAGAGCCUGAAAAUCGGUUUGUUAGCCGUGGCAUUGCUGAAGACAAUCGUAAAUGGUGGGGAAACAUUCUGGUGGUAUGCUUGGAGCACACAACCGGUGGCAUUGGAAAUAUCACAUUGGAGGACGAGCAAAUGUGUAAGGCACUGGUCAAGCAUGUAGUCAAUAAUCGACUGAAAGGAAGAGAGCCAUACGCUUGGUAA